ACAAAACCAACAAGAGCAAUGAAGACUGAAUAGAAUGGUGUUGGACUGUUGGCAGUGGUGGGAAAAUGGGGAUGGAGUUGAGAACCUAGAGAGAGAAGCAAACAUGCAUACAGAGAAAAGAGAGAGAAAGGAAGGAGCUAUUCGUUUCAUUUGCCCUAUACCCAUUAGAGAUUGAGAAACACAGACUGAGAAAGUGAGCUUCUUUCCUCUAAUCUUACAGAGCAGAAGAACGAGAAAGAGAAAGCAUAGCAAGGAAAGAUAUUUCUCUCUUCCGUGGGCAAGAUGACGAUGAAGGAGAGAAGAAAGGGAGCUCAAUAAAGAAAGGGUAUCACCAGCUGUAACCGCUGCUUCCUUCUUUCUUCUUGGGUGGAGCUUUCAAUGGCGGGUUCUUUCAUUUUAUUAUUAGCUGUUGCUGUUUGUGAGCUAUCGCCAACCAAUUUCUCAUAAUUCCCGACAAGUUUGUGAUAUCUGGGUUCUGCAUGCAAGGUAUUUGAUGGAAUGGGUCAAUGGAAGGUUUUAGUCACAGGGCGACGAAACCCAGAGUUAACUUUUACAAAUCGUCUUCUUUCUAAUUGGGAACUCUGACUUGCUGGAUAUAGUGAUUUACGCAAAAGGGAUUCUGAGCUCCUAAUUAACCUCCAUAGUUCAGCUGAAUUGGAGUUUUUGAACAUGGGAGUUCAGCAACACCAUUUCUAUGGCACCAAGCCACUGACUUUUCAAUUUCAAGACCAUGAUUCAUGCUCAAGUCAGUCCACUGGGCAAUCAUACCCUGAAGUUGGAAACAUGGGAAAAGCAACUGAUGAAGCUUGUGGGAAGCCAGUGGGUGGUGGUCAAACUACUAAACUAUAUUCAAAUAUGGGGCCUCAGGAGUUCAUUUACCCUGCUUCUCAAGCUGACUGUGGCCAGUCUGUUGCACGUACUCCAGUCGCUUAUGCUGAACCAUAUUAUGGGGGCAUCCUAGCUGCUUAUUCACCAACGAUCCAUCACUCGCAAGUAUUUGGAACGGGGCCAACUCGAAUGCCCCUUCCUCUCGAUCUGACUGAAGACGAACCCAUUUUCGUUAAUGCCAAACAGUACAAUGCGAUCCUCAGGAGGAGGCGCUAUCGUGCCAAGCUCGAAGCUCAGAACCGGCUCGCCAAAAAUCGCAAGCCGUAUCUGCACGAGUCGAGGCAUCUUCAUGCAAUGAGGAGAGCUAGGGGCACUGGCGGGCGUUUCCUCAACAAGAAAACACCAGAUGAAGAUUCUUCAAGGCACGAGCUCACAGGAUACCGUCAGCUUCAAUCAUGUGGUAACUACUCGGAGUCCUCCGAAGUUCAUCAGCUGGAGAAACGUCGAGAUGGUUGUGCCUCGACCACCUCUUGCUCAGAUGUCACCUCCAACAACGACGAUGAUGUGGCAUUCCACCAGCAAGAGUUCAGGUUCUCCGGAUACCUGGUGUCGUCGUCUCACGUUAAUGGGACUAUUCAAGGGCAUCACGUCCACUGAGAGAGAGAGAGUGUGUGUGAUCAUCUCCUCUCCUCUCUCCCUUCUUGGGGCUCAUUGCCCUCUGGGAAGUCAUCCUUGGCUCAGUUUGUUUCUGCGUAAUUCGAAUUCGUUUUGCUUGCUUGUCGAAGAAGUUAUUGAUAUGCUUUAAAUGCCUUAAAUCUUCAGAACUUGAUGGGCAUCGUGCUUUGAGUUUUGCUUUUGUGCCAAAAACGCUUAUAUGGAUUGAGUAAUUGAUUGUGAACUGAAUCCAACUUUGUUUUGGGUGUUUCUUCUUGUGAUCUCCUUCGUCCCUUACCGGAAUAUGUGGCCGGCGGGAAGUUGUUCAUCGCACUUCUCGAUAUUUUGCUGGAUUAUGUAUGCGGUUAAACGUAAAAUGUAGAAAAUAAUCAAAUUCAAUUAAGAAU